AUGUCUUCUUCAGGGUUUAACCUUGAAAAAUAUCGAAUUCCACUGACGGAGAUCAACCGGGCCACAGAAAACUUCAGUUCAGAAACUCUGGUUGGAGAUGGCGGAUUUGGUAUGGUCUACAGAGGACAACUCUCUAAAGACUGGAGACACCGCCUAGUAGCCAUCAAACGCCUUGAUCAUAAUGGUUAUCAAGGAAACAAGGAGUUCCUUAAUGAACUCAAUUUGGUUGCAAGUUUUGAUCAUUCAAACAUCAUCCGAUUCGUUGGCUACUGUGAUGACGAGAAUGAGAAAAUUAUAGUUUGUGCGUAUGCUACGAACGGAAGCCUUGAUUAUCACCUCCAAAACCCAAAUCUGAGGUGGCACCUAACAUGGGAACAACGCCUGAAGAUAUGCUUGGGGGCAGCGAGAGGAAUAGAGUACCUUCACUCAGGUAGGAUGUCCAGCGAAGUAAUUCAUAGAGAUAUGAAGAGUGCAAAUAUUUUGUUAGAUGAUAAUAUGGACGCCAAAAUAUGUGAUUUUGGUUUGUCAAGAUUAGAUUCAACAAAUGAGCCAGAUACUGGUGUCUUUACAAAGGUUGCUGGAACAAGGUUUUACAUGGAUCCUAUUUACAACGAAAGAAGUCGGCUCACUAAAGAGUCCGACAUAUAUUCAUUUGGAGUCGUAAUGUUUGAGAUGUCUAGUGGGAUGAUGGCUUAUAUUCCAAGUCGCAUUGAAGAUUCUAAAGGACGAUAUCUGAUUGACCUCGUCCGAAGCUACUAUGACGACCAUAAAUUUGUUGACAAGUUAAUAGAUCCAGCUAUGAAAGGUCAGAUUGAUAUGAGUUCUUUUGAUAAAUUUAAUAAAAUUGCACAUGAGUGCAUUAGCUUGGACAUAAGCAAACGCCCUAGGAUGGAUAAGCUCAUCACAACGAUUGAGGAAGCACUGAAUAUUCAAGCAGAUUCGGUUUGGGAGUCGCUUCUGCCACCAGGUUAUCGUGAAGUCAUUGCGAGGGCGUUUUCUCAACUGGUAUUUAGCUCUAAAAAGCAACUCUACCUCUCUUUAUCCAACUCACAUAUCCUCCUCGAUCGUGGAUAUCUGAGUUUCCAAAUAGACAAGAUCAGUGGAAAAAAGUGUUAUAUGUUGGGGGCAAAAGUUCUAUCCAUUGAAUGGCAAGAUGACAAACGAUACUGGAAAUGGGAGCAUAUACCUGAAUCAAGGUUCGCGGAGGUGUGCACAGUUAUAGAAGUAACUUGGCUUGCGAUUCAUGGCACAAUAUCAGCUGAGAUGUUGUCAAGAAAUUGUACAUAUGUUGCGUAUCUUGUCUUUCGAACUACUGGGGAGUCCAAGGGACUUGAUGUGCCAGCAGAAGCAAAAGUAACAUUCUGUGGUACAAAAAUGGUGACUGAAAAUGUGUAUCUUCAAAGACCAGAGGCACCUGGUGGAACACAACACGUGCCAUAUCAGCAAGAGAAAAAUGUGUUUCCUCGCAGGAGAAAUGAUGGGUGGAUGGAGAUUGAGUUGGGAGAAUUUAAGUGCAUUGAAGGAGCUGAUGGGGAGGUUGAGAUGGCCUUUGAUGAGCACAAAAGCUAUAAGAAAGGUCUUAUCGUGGAGGGAAUUGAGCUUCGGCCUAAAUAACUUGCAACAAUAUGGCCAUGUUCUUUAAUGUAAUACAAAAACCCUUUUAAUUUGGUUU